AUGAAGAUUGCAAUUAUUGUAUAUUCAACUUACGGUCACAUCAUCACCUUGGCCAAAGCAGUACAAGAAGGUGUUUCUAAAGCCGGUUACAAAGCUGACUUGUUUCAAGUACCAGAAACUUUGCCACAAGACAUUCUUGAUCAAUUACACGCGGCACCAAAGGACAAGAAUAUCCCUAUUGCCACUUUAGAUACAUUGACUGGAUACGAUGCUUUCCUUUUUGGUAUCCCUACCAGAUUCGGUACAUUGCCAGGACAGUUUUUUGAAUUCUUUGGUGCCACUGGUGGAUUAUGGGCUCAAGGUGCAUUAGCAGGAAAACCAGCAGGUAUAUUUGUAUCAACUGGUACUCAGGGUGGUGGACAAGAAACCACUGUAAGAAACUCAUUGAACUUUUUGGCUCAUCAUGGUUUGAUUUAUAUUCCUUUGGGGUACGCAAAGACUUUUGCUGAUCAAUCAAAUUUGGAAGAGGUUCAUGGUGGAUCAGCUUAUGGUGCUGGAACUUUUGCUGGAACUGAUGGUUCAAGACAACCCACAGAAUUGGAAUUGAGGACUGCUGCUACACAGGGUGAAGUAUUUGCUCAGCUGGCUGCUAGAUUCUACCCUCAAGAAAAGGGUAAUAAUAAAGAUGCUGCCACCGCUGGUGCAUCCGGUGCUACUGGAGCUUCUGCUGCUGAUGCAAAGAAUAAUUCAGCUACAGCAGAUAAAGCCGCUGAGAAGCCGGCUACUCAAGCCAAAGAUAAAUCUACCGCUUCUGCACCAAGAGCUCAACAAUCAACAAAAGCUCCUGAGUCAGAGGAUAAAAGUUUCUGUUCCAAAUGUAUAAUAAUGUAA